AUGAAGAACUGCACGCGGGUGUACGGUAACGUGGAAAUUACCCACUUGACGAAGACGACCUUGACGAAUUGGACAGAUGCCGAGUUCAGCAAGAAACUCAAGAUAUUCGAGCAUAUUCAAGAGAUCAAAGGUUAUCUCCUGGUUUACAACGUCGAUAUACGAAGCAUCGAUUUUCCUAAUCUGAAGAUUAUAUGGGGAGAUGAUUUAUUGGAUGACAACAGUGCGCUUACUUUGAGUAGUAAUCUCGAGCUAAAGGAGUUACGAAUGCCAAAAUUACGAGCUAUUCACAAAGGAAAUGUUCGGAUUGAGAACAGCACAUUUCUGUGCUACUUGCAGUCGAAAAUCAACUGGGAUGAGUUACUCGAAUUUGACGCGGAAAAUCGUCUUAUCACUUCUGAUUCGGCAUUUCGACAGUGUAAUCCAGCAUUAAUGAAGUGUACAGGUUGUGAGCACUGCUGGAGUGGAAAGGCUAAAUAUUGUCAAGAAGAGUACCGGUCAGUAUGUGGCGAUAGGUGUUCAUCUCGGCAGUGCUUUUUGCCAGCGAAUUCAUCCACGUAUGAGUGCUGUCACGAGGCCUGCACAGGUGGUUGCACAGGCCGCGGUGCUGAUCAGUGUGUGGCAUGUCGUGAACUGAGCCUGGAUGGUGUGUGCGUUCAUCAAUGCCCACCGAUGAUGAUACACGACUCGAAAAAGGGCAUGUUGAUUCCGAAUCCGAACGGUCGUCAUAUCUAUGACAGAUAUUGUGUCGAAGAAUGCCCUAAAGAACUUCUGGUGGAACGAGACGCGUGCGUUCGUCAUUGUUCCGAAGGAUCACAUCAUGAUAUGACAAAGGAUUCAAGGAGAUGUGAACCAUGCAAAGGGGCCUGUCCUAAAGUUUGUCAAGUGACAAAGGUACUUACUGGUUCCAUUCUGCGGAACUUAACCGGGUGCGAGGAAAUCGAUGGAUUCAUAGAUAUACAGGAUUCGAAAAUGAGGUCAACCGUCGAUGGCUACACCACAGAGGAUCUGAACGUUCUGAAAUCAGUUCGAAUGAUUUCCGAAUAUUUCCAAAUGGCAACGCAAACCGUUUCGCCGCGGAACCUCUCCUUUCUAGAAAAUCUCGAGUUCAUUGAAGGACGCAGUCUGGUGACGUCUAAAUUCGCUCUGGCUAUCAAUAAAAACGACAACCUUGAACAGCUUGGUCUACGAAAACUUAAGAAAAUUAAAGCUGGUAGUGUGAUUAUCACGGAGAAUCAUGGGCUGUGCUAUGCUCAGACGAUAAAAUGGGACAAGAUUGUCGCUGCAAAUGCUCAAGCGCUAAUUACUAAGAACAUGGAUGCAAGAUGUGGUUUUACUACGAUCAUACCACCAAGAAAUGUCUCCCUUGCUACGCCGAGUGCUCACAUGUUCAGAUGUACGGGACCAGGCGAUCACCUUGGAGAAGGUGGUUGUACGGAAUGUCUCUACGCACAGCUGUCAAGGAACCAUGAGGUAGUUCGUUGCUUGACUGCCCCUUCAAUGCAUGAAGCAUGUAGCGACGUCGUUGGAUAUUACCCUUCCACCCAAGCCGUCAAUGGAGUUCAACUUGUGCACUGUGAUCCAUGCGAUGAACAAUGCGUUUCAUGUACAUCAGCCGGUCGGAACGUCAUAGCGAACGGAUGUGUCUGUAAAGCUGCCAUCAUCUUUGCGAUCGUGGGCAUGGAUGUACCGGACCGACAGCUUCUGAAUGCAAUCAGUGCAUGCAUGCAACGUUGGCUGGAGAACCGAACUAUGAAGGAAAAAGCGCAGCAAGUGCAGCCGAGUAACGGAGCUAUACUUCAGGUGUGCUUGGCGGAUUGUCCCGAAGAGUUCCCGUACCUGGACGAGUUCAAGAUGUGUAAUCGUGUGGACCUCAAGAAGGAACGCGAACGACGAUCGAAGAUUAUUGCAGCAACACUGGUCGCUAUCUUCACACUACUGGUUGUCGCUAUGAUGAUCGUGUGCAUGCGUUGCCGAACAUUCAAGAGGAAGCUGUUGAAGGAGCAGAUCAGUAACUAUGUCGACAUACCUGAAAUGACUCCUAUUGAUCCUCAAUUCGAUCAAAUAUGA